GAGUUCCGCGACUCCCAGGUGGGAGAGGACAGUUCAGUAUCUAACAACAGAGGUUGAAAGAAGAUAUGAUUGCAAUUUUACGUUAUAAAGUGUGUGGGCAACUGCAAUGUCUGUGGACUGUCUGGGGCAGUAUGCAGUGCUUUCUGGCCGCCGAUUCCUAUACAUCGUUAAUCUAGAUGCCCCUUUCGAAGGUCACCGAAAGAUCUCUCGCCAGAGCAAAUGGGACGUCGGAGCUGUACAGUGGAAUCCUCAUGACAGCUUUGCACACUAUUUUGCAGCUUCGAGUAACCAACGGAUUGACCUUUAUAAGUGGAAAGACGGCAGUGGGGAAGUUGGCACAACCUUACAAGGCCAUACUCGCGUAAUCAGCGACUUGGACUGGGCAGUGUUUGAGCCAGAUCUCCUGGUUACCAGCUCUGUGGACACCUACAUCUACAUUUGGGAUAUCAAAGACACAAGGAAACCUACCGUUGCACUGUCUGCUGUAGCGGGUGCCUCGCAGGUCAAAUGGAAUAAAAAAAAUGCUAAUUGCCUUGCCACCAGUCAUGACGGGGAUGUACGGAUAUGGGACAAGCGGAAACCCAGUACAGCAGUGGAAUAUCUAGCAGCCCACCUCUCCAAAAUCCAUGGCCUGGACUGGCACCCAGACAGUGAGCACAUUCUUGCUACCUCUAGUCAAGACAACUCUGUCAAGUUCUGGGAUUACCGCCAGCCUCGGAAAUACCUCAAUAUUCUCCCUUGCCAGGUGCCUGUCUGGAAGGCCAGAUACACUCCUUUCAGCAAUGGAUUAGUGACUGUGAUGGUUCCCCAGCUGCGGAGGGAAAAUAGUCUUCUCUUGUGGAAUGUCUUUGACUUGAACACCCCAGUCCAUACCUUUGUGGGGCAUGAUGACGUGGUGCUGGAGUUCCAGUGGAGGAAACAGAAGGAAGGGUCCAAGGACUACCAGCUGGUUACGUGGUCACGGGAUCAGACCUUGAGAAUGUGGCGGGUGGAUUUCCAGAUGCAGAGGCUUUGUGCAAAUGACAUAUUAGAUGGUGUUGAUGAGUUCAUUGAGAGCAUUUCUCUUCUGCCGGAACCAGAGAAGACCUUUCACACUCCAGAUAUAGAUCACCAGCACAACUCAAGCCAUGGGGAGGAAGAAGUCUUAAAGGAAGAUCCCCCGAGCAAUCUCCUGGAAGAGAAGAAAUCAGAUCAGCUGGGACUGCCCCAGACUCUACAGCAGGAGUUUUCCCUGAUCAAUGUGCAGAUCCGGAAUGUCAAUGUGGAGAUGGAUGCAGCAGAUAGGAGCUGCACAGUGUCUGUGCACUGUAGCAGCCAUCGUGUCAAGAUGCUGGUGAAGUUCCCUGCACAGUACCCAAACAAUGCUGCCCCUUCCUUCCAGUUUGUUAACCCCACAACCAUCACAUCCACAAUGAAAGCUAAGCUGCUAAAGAUCCUGAAAGACACUUCACUGCAGAAAGUGAAACGCAACCAGAGUUGUUUGGAGCCCUGCCUACGCCAGCUCGUCUCCUGCCUUGAGACUUUUGUGAACCAAGAAGAUAGUGCUUCCAGCAACCCCUUUGCACUCCCAAACUCCGUCACACCACCCUUACCAACGUUUGCCCGGGUGACUACUGCCUAUGGGUCAUACCAGGAUGCCAAUAUUCCCUUCCCUAGGACCUCAGGGGCCAGGUUCUGUGGAGCAGGGUAUUUGGUGUAUUUCACAAGGCCUAUGACGAUGCAUCGAGCAGUGUCUCCAACAGAACCUACUCCAAGAUCUCUCUCGGCCUUGUCUGCUUAUCAUACUGGCUUGAUUGCGCCAAUGAAGAUUCGUACGGAGGCCCCUGGGAACCUUCGUUUAUACAGUGGGAGCCCCACCCGCAGUGAGAAAGAGCAGGUCUCCAUCAGCUCCUUCUACUACAAGGAGCGGAAAUCAAGGAGAUGGAAAAGUAAGCGCGAGGGAUCGGAAUCUGGCAAUCGACCAAUCAAGGCUGCUGGGAAAGUUAUCAUCCAGGAUAUUGCGUGUCUUCUUCCUGUUCACAAAUCAUUGGGAGAACUGUACAUAUUGAAUGUAAAUGAUAUUCAAGAAACGUGUCAGAAGAAUGCCACUUCUGCCUUGCUUGUUGGAAGGAAGGAUCUUGUCCAGGUUUGGUCGCUGGCCACGGUAGCUACAGAUCUUUGCCUUGGUCCGAAGUCUGACCCAGAUUUGGAAACACCCUGGGCUCGACAUCCAUUUGGGCGACAGCUGCUGGAGUCCCUGUUGGCUCAUUACUGCCAACUCCGGGAUGUCCAGACAUUGGCUAUGCUCUGCAGCGUGUUUGAAGCCCAGUCUCGGCCUCAGGGAAUACCAAACCCCUUCGGGCCUUUUCCCAGCCGUUCAUCUAACCUUGUGGUGUCCCAUAGUCGAUAUCCUAGCUUUACUUCCUCUGGUUCCUGCUCAAGCAUGUCAGACCCAGGGUUCAACACUGGCGGCUGGAACAUAGCAGGAAGAGAGGCAGAACAUAUAUCUUCCCCUUGGGGAGAGUCUUCACCAGAAGAAAUCCGCUUUGGAAGUCUGACCUACAGUGAUCCCCGUGAGCGAGAAAGGGACCAGCAUGAUAAAAAUAAAAGGCUUCUGGACCCCGCCAAUACUCAGCAAUUUGAUGACUUUAAGAAGUGCUAUGGAGAAAUCCUCUAUCGCUGGGGCCUGAGAGAGAAACGAGCUGAAGUGCUGAAGUUUGUUUCCUGUCCUCCUGAUCCUCACAAAGGGAUUGAGUUUGGCGUGUACUGCAGCCACUGCCGGAGUGAGGUCCGUGGCACGCAGUGUGCCAUCUGCAAAGGCUUCACGUUCCAGUGUGCCAUCUGCCAUGUGGCAGUGCGAGGAUCAUCCAAUUUCUGCCUGACCUGCGGGCAUGGUGGACACACUAGCCACAUGAUGGAGUGGUUUCGGACCCAGGAGGUGUGUCCCACCGGGUGUGGGUGCCACUGCCUGCUUGAAAGCACUUUCUGAGCUUACAGACCAUGGGAGUUGUCGGAAAUCCCAGAGGAUCCCAUAAAUGCCGGUGACAAGCUCCCUGCCAGGAGAGAGGCUCCAGAACCCGUUCCCAACCGGACUGGGGUAUGUUCCCCUCACAGACUGCCGCAGCACCAGCUGUCGUGAGCCUUUGCUUCUCUUCUGUAUGGCUGUUGGCCGCAUGGAUGUCACUGGAGGAGGACGAGGGCAGACAUGCAGAGCUGAGUAGCCAGGUGAAAGUUUUCUUGGAGAAAAGCACCUGCCUCCAGAGCAGUGUUUACCUUUAAGGUGUUAGCCUUAAACCACCGAACAGCAUCCUAUCUGAUGCCGUUACAGAUACUGAGGUCGGAUGCAAAGGACAGUCUCCUGAGCCAAAGGACAGUGAACAUUAAUUUAGUUAACAAAUGGGCCUGUGACAUCACUUGGUACAUUUAAUGAACCGAACCGAUGAACAGUGACCUUUUAAAAUAUGAUACUUAAGUUAUAAAUAUAUGAUGUACUUAAGGAUUCUUGAUGUAUUUUUUGUUUGUUAUUUUUCUUCCAGUGGCUCUCCGUUGGCUAAUAAAAUUCUAGUAAAUGUUUAAAAAAAAGGGACAGAGACAGUUGAACAACGUUUGAGUGAAUCUUUUUUUACCCUACUUCUAGUUGAAAUUAACUCUUUUGAAUAGGACCAAAGUCAGUGCUCAGUUUUUCAAAGGAAGUGCUGAUUUACUUUUGUUACCUAACAGGAGAAAAUAGAAUUUGACAUUUAAGUU